AUUCUACUACCUGACAAUCUAACUUCCGUCAUUGGAGAUGUGGCCGAGUACUUGAAGUGGCAACUGCAGCAUCCGCGGCACACCCACACAUAUGAAGAAAACAGACACGGACGGACAGAAUGACAUACUCGAAAUGGUUGGUUGUAAGGAGUACUCACUUGGGUGGAUGGAUGUUGGUGCCAACGCACAGAUACGAUGAUUGUGCCACAAAUGAAAACAACAACAACAAAAAAUUCAAGUGUUCAACCAGUGAUAUAUACGGUUGAAGAAGUAAGAUAAAUUCCAACAAAAAUGUGUGGCAACCAAGAGAAGAGCAACGAAAUCUGUAAAACCAACACCUACACCAUCACCACCAUAAAUGUUGUUGCCACACGCAUACCAUUGCGCACAGCGUAAGAACCCUUCAAUCUGGCAUUCGAGUAUUGAAUUCCUUGCGACCUCUGCGUUUGGUUUGAGUGCAACAUGCCAGCCGUGCGGGAGUAAAUGGUGGCAAGGAUGCGACUGGUGUUCUUCGGUCUGGUGAUGGUGGCUGGCGGUUGGUGCGGACGUUCGCUUGUGGCAUGUACUACUACCUACUCGGCACUCGAGUGCGCACUUGUCGGAGUACUUUUGCUGCUACUUCACUGGCUGCCAUUCCCUGCAUGCCAACCAGCCUAUUGUUUUGCCGUCCAACUGCCUUACCACAGGACCGCUCGAAUUUGAUAGCGAAAAAACUGGGCAUUUUGCUGUUGCAUCUUGCUGCCGCUGGCACUGAGGCCAUUGCAUGAGUUGUUGCAAGUUUUCCGGACGCGUGAUUUUCGUUAAACAUUUAAUUACGAAUUUGUGCAACACUGCGGGAUUAUUCACAAAAUUGUUGCUCACAAAAGAAAAGCACAAAAAAUGUCAACGGCAACAUAGUUAAACGAAUGCCAGCGCCUGCAACAUAACCUUAAAUACGCUAACUAUCACAAAAAAAAAAAAAUACUGAAAAAGUGCCUGCCAGUUGUACCGCUUGCCACUAGUGCUAGUGCGACAAGUGUUUGGAAAGCCAGCCAAGCAGUCUCAAGCUACAUUUGACAAAAAAAAAACACAAAAAAGCACAAUGGCUUCACUACAUGCCACCAAUGCGUGCAACAGCAGCAGCUGCAGCGCCGCCAUGACCAACAAUAAGCCAAUAACACCAACAAAAACCACAGUGAAAUUAUUGAAUGGUAAAAGUAGCAAUGACUGUGUUGUUGUUGCUGCCACAAGUGCGCCCAACAACAACAAUCAAAACCAUAAAAGUUACAACAAUUUGAGCAGCAAUGUUGAGCAACUCUUCAACAGCGCUUUGAAGGCAUUACAUUUGCCACAAUGUGUUGGUGGUGGUGGCACAGCUGGCAGCGCUGGCGGCAAGAAAUCGCCCGGCAAAGUGAAAACAAACGGUGAAAAUCGGCUGACAUUGAUGGUGCAGAAGUGUGCGAAAAACAUUGACAUUGCCGCUGCAGCGGCGGCGCAAGCUGACAUUGACGCUGAGCAGCCGAACGCGCCGCAGUUGGCGGCGCAUCAGCAAGUGGAUGACGACGAUGAGACCGUGCAACUGCGUUGCGCCUGCCCGGCUGUCUAUGCCAAUAGCAAUGAUGCGAAUAAUGUGAAUAAUAAGAACCGUACCAUGACAGUUACAACCACUUAUCGCAGCAGCAGCACAUCGGCGCUCAUGACGGCGGGCCAUAUGCGGCCACAAACAUUGAAUGUGCAUCAUUUGCGCGAGACGCCAUCGGAUCAAACGCAGAUUUUCAUACGAGAAGUUCUUAAUGCCUGGCGUGCCAAAGCGCGUUGCAAUGUCGUGCCGGCGGAGCGAACACAGGAGCUCUUCCACGAGCUGAGUUUCCAUCCGAGUGAGAAGCAAAUCACCGAAAUGCUGCAAACAGCCAAAUUGUUGGCACGCAAAAGCAGCCGCCAAUCGAAUGGACUCACUUUCGGUGAAUUUUGUGUGCUGGCAGCCGAUCUAAAACGCUUUCGCACAUCGACUUUCUCGCCGUCGAUUUGUGACAAUGUAAAUCUAUUAAGCUCUCUACAGCAGCAACAACAUGAAAACAGUGACAAUAGCAGUCGUGUUGAGGCCAAUAACGGCACUUUAUGCACGGCAACGGGCACCGAAUUGCGUAGUACAAAAUCCCUAAGUAAUGUCGAAGACUGUAAGCGUAAAUUGUCAAAGGGCGAUACAUCGGCACCGGUUGAGGUAUUCCUAGGCGGUUCAUGUAAUCCCACCACCUGGCGGGCCGAUGUAGCGAUACCAACGUUGAAAGAACUUGGCAUUUCCUUCUAUAAUCCCCAAGUAUCUGAUUGGACGCCUGAUCUCAUCGAGCUGGAGCAUCGCGCCAAAGAGAAGGCGCGUGUUUUGUUCUUCGUUAUGGAUUCGCAGACGCGCGCUUCUGCUGGUGCCAUUGAGGCGGCACAUAUAGCGGGUCAAAACUGCAAGCAGCUGGUGUUGGUACUACAUCCAUAUAAACGUAAUCAAUCGAUUCUUAAUGAGCAAAUAUCCCAGCAAGAAUACAUUGACCUCCGGCGCAAUCAGUUAAUAUUGAAGGAAUUGGUCACACGUCGUGGCCUACCAGUUAUGGAUGACGUACCAUCGGGUCUACAGCGCACCAAAGACAUUUUGGCUGGCAUUAGAGAUCCACCCUCGAAUAUAGCAACGAUUUUAGUUGUCGUACGUGGCGCCUUCGAUCGCGUUAAUCCCGUGAAUGGCGUCAUUACAGUUGUACAAUGUCAACGCGCUCUCUUAUACUUAGGUUACGCUCAGAGUCUAGUUAAAUUAGACAAUUUAAAUAAGAUAAUCGCCACACAACGUGACACGUUGGAAACACUACAAAAACGCAGUACAAAAUCUGGUGGUGCACAGCCAGAGAUUAGCAGCAGCGAUGAUGCCACCGUGAAGAGCUCAUCUUCAACAUCGUGCAACUCAGACACGCCCACAGCUACGGUGAAUGCAACGUCGGAUGUUGAUUUUGAUUUAUUCUGCGUGAUUUCGGCUUAUCUCUCGGUGUUGCAGCAGGAAAUACAAGAGAGUGGCUGCAUUUCGCCCAUAAAGGGCACCAAUGUGCCACCACCGCCGGUCUAUCUUACCAAUAUGCAAGGUGACGAAAGCAAUUUCGCUAUCAGCUAUUUCACCAGCAAGAAUAUAUCGCGCACCUCCAGUCAAACUAGCGUACCGGGCAGCGAUGAACGUCACAGCAGCAACGAUCUGUUGAGUCGCAGUCGUGAUAGUGGCACCUCCUCACCGCAACCGUUAGAUCAGCCAUUGAAAUCACGUUCGGCCGCACAGUUAGGUAAAGCAAAAACAAAAAUUCUUGUCAACAUCGAAUCUAUAGAAACAACCGAAAUCACAACAACCAUCCAAACUGCUCAUACACCAACAACACCACCUAAUACUUCUACUACUACCGCUACAGCUUAUCCCAUAUUGAGCGCACACUCAAACGCACAUCCGUUGGCGCAAUUGAACGCCUCCGCCACCGCCGCACAAAUGCACUCCACAUACCCGGAUAGCAGCAGCGUAACAGCGGAGGAGGAGAGCGAUUCCAAUGAUUCGGUAUUCUCAUCAAGCAGUUCCAUCAAUUCGGUAAAUUGCAAUUAUGGUGGCAAUGAGUUUCUAACCUUUGCCGGCACCGAUUUUCGUGAUGUCUACCUCGGUGGCAGUUGCUUUUUGCGCACGAAAUGGCGUCAAGACAUCGCUAUGCCGUAUUUGAAGACUAAGGGUGUCACCUUCCAUCUGCCAGCGUUGCAUGAGAGUUUACAGUCUUCACAUCUGGACUUGCCGGAUAAAGUAUUCGAGGAUGCACGCCAGUUGGGCGCACAGGAGAAAUCAUUGAAGCGUACACGCCGAAAAUAUCGUGGCGCCGCUUUGGAGGAAGAGGAGGAGGAAGAGUUGACGGUGUCGGAGGAGACCUACAGCUGGGCGUUGCCACCAAUGCGUCCGAGUCUCUAUAAUCCGGCGCUCUUGGAUGCCAGUCGUGUGCUCUUGUUCGUCAUUACCAAUGAGACGCGCUCGUUGGCGCCUAUGACGCUGGCGGCGCAUUGCAUCGGCCUGAUGUACAAUGUGGUUUUGGCAGUGCAAAUGUUGCCCGACGAUUGUGUGAUCAACAAUGAGAAGCUAACGCCGGCUGCUAUUAAAGAUUACAAUCGCGGUCGUUCGUAUCUCAUCGAUUUGGCCAAACGGCAGGGUGUGCCUGUUUUUAACGAUUUGAAGGCAGCUUUGGAAUGUACUGUGGAUAAGAUAAAAGCGUGUAACUCGCGUGGCAGCCGUUAUGAUUGAAGCGGUACUUAAAUGAGUGCACGCAUACACUGACACAUACGUACUCACGCGCAACCGCACUUAAACAACUGUCAUGUUUACAGCAGUCUAUAAGCGCAUUUUCUUGCACGCAUACGACAAGUACCUACAAACAAACAUGAAUAAAAUGGGCAGCAGAUUUUAGCAGAAUUUUUUCAAACUACAUAUACUAUACUACAUAUAUAUGAAUAUAUUUAAUUUAAUUAAUUACUACCAAUUCCGCGUGAAUACAACUUUUACUUAACUACAUUUUUAAUAGUUUAAUAAUUUUAUGUUUGUAUGAUGAAGCUUCAAUACUAUUUCAAUAUAGUUACUGUUAGCUGAUAAAUGAAAAUUCAACGCGUUUGCGUUUAUAUUUUGUACGCGUUAUUUGAUGCCUUAACUGUACGCCAAGCUACUAAUUUACACUAUUUAAGUGCUCUUUAUAAAUUUAAUUUAAUUUAAUUACUCUCUAAUUUACAUAUACACACAAAAACACACACACAUAUAUACAUAUAUAUCUAAUUAUAAUUGUCUUAAAAAAAAUGCCUGUAUAUACAAUGCAAACACAAGCAGUACGCUAAAUCAAUUUAAAAAUUACAAAAAUUUUACAUACAAAUAGCAUAUAACCUAUAAUUAAUAACAUACAUAUAUACGUACAUUUAAAACAAAAACCUAAAUUAAUAUCUAAUUAAUAAUUACCUAAUGCCUAAACUAAAAGAAUGAAUAAAUAAAUAUAUACCUAAAUAUACAUAAAUACCUUAAAUAUACAAUUACCUACUAUACUAGCCUGGUAAUAUUAAGCGUGAUGAUGUUUGCUAAUAAUAAAACAAAUAUAAGUGUAUGAGUUAACACAGCAAAA